CAAGACGAAAUCUCUUCAUCAUUUUCUUCUUAGUAAUACCUACUACAUCCAUUCAUUCCUUCUUGGACGACAUUUAAAUCUUCAUACAUCUAAUCUGGUACAUCUGGUAUUCAAAAUCUCUGUACGCUCUUUUACAACCAUUGCACAACACUUGCAUAUUCGGGGAAUUCCAACAAACAUUCAUUCAACACAAUCGCGGGGUAAAGGAAAAUGUCAACCACAACCAACGAAGCAAACAACAAGACUGGUGAGUUGCACAACUUCUUUUGGGUUUCCCAACUCGAAUCUAUAUACCAUAUGUCUGCAUGGCAUAUGCGAUACAUUAUAACACAAGCUAAUACAACCUUCAAUUCUCAUAGCUACUGCAGCACAACAAUCAUGGUCGGUCGAGGAUGUAGUCAAGGCAGAAUUUCCAGUUGUGCCAGAGGAGAAUUCGGAAUCACCUGUACCUUUCUUUCACAUGUUGGAAAGAUUAAAGACUACAAAACGUGAAGGAUGGCGUAGAUUUGGUAUUAAGAGGUGAGCUAUGGGAAUGAUUUGGGAUUGGCACAAACUAAUAUUUCUCCCACAGAGGAGAAUCAAUCUCAGAUCAUAUGUAUCGAAUGUCACUCAUUACCAUGUUCGCGCCCGAAUCCCUCGCCUCGAAAAUUAAUAUUCCACAUUGCACAAAGAUGGCUCUCGUUCACGAUAUGGCAGAAGCACUUGUCGGGGAUAUUACACCAGUUGAUGGAGUACCAAAAUCGGAGAAAAACCGUCGAGAAGCAACAACGAUGGAUUACUUCACCAAGAAUCUAUUAGGUCGAGUUAAUGGAGGACUUGCCGGUCAACAAAUUAUGGAUAUCUGGCAGGAAUAUGAAGAUUCCACCACGUUGGAGAGCAAGUUCGUUCAUGAUGUAGACAAGAUUGAAUUAAUUCUUCAAAUGGUAGAAUAUGAACGUUCUGAAGAGGAAGGAAUUGAUUUGGGAGAAUUUUCUUGGGUUGCUACUAAGAUUGUUCUUCCAGAAGUUCAAGCUUGGGCAGAUGAAAUCUUGAAGGAGAGAGAGGAACUUUGGGCUGGAAAGAACCAUCUUGUUUACAAUGGAGUGAAGAAGCCAGAUGAGAAGAAGUUGGCACAAACUGAUGAAUAUUAUGGAGGGAAGGAAAAUGAGAUUGGGAAGGUUGAAGCAUAAUGGGGUGGAUAAGGAAUUGUUUACUUUAGGUGGGCGUUGAGGAGUGAAGAUAGAGAUGAGUGCUUUUUGCAAUAGAUACCACAUGCAGUACAGUUCUUUGGGAUAUUACUUUGGUAGGCGGUGGUAUCAGGCAGUGGUCUUAGAUACCGUACAGACAUACAAAUGAAGAUAUAAAUCCACAUGCAGUUUUGUAUCUCACC